AUCAUGGAGGGGCUCUUGCAUUACAUAAAUCCAGCACAUGCCAUUUCACUUCUGAGCGCACUGAAUGAGGAGCGUCUAAAGGGACAGCUAUGUGAUGUUGUCCUUAUAGUAGGAGAUCAGAAAUUUCGAGCGCAUAAGAACGUUCUGGCUGCCAGCAGUGAAUACUUCCAGACACUGUUCACGAAUAAGGAGAACGAGUCUCAGUCAGUGUUUCAACUUGACUUCUGUGAACCAGAUGCUUUCGAUAACGUGUUAAACUACAUUUACUCUUCAUCCUUGUUCAUUGAGAAAGGCAGUCUCGCAGCUGUGCAAGAACUGGGCUACAGUCUUGGAAUAUCCUUUCUUACAAACAUUGUUUCAAAGAGUCCUCAAGCUCCUUUUCCGGCUUGCCCUAUUAAGAAAAUACUGUAUCAGGACGAAGAUGAAAGUAGCUCUCAGAAGAGAAGUGUCAUUGUCUGUCAGAACAGAAAUGAAGCACAAGGGAAAACGGUAAAUUCAGCGCAACAUGAUUUAAGCCAUGCUUCUAAACCUUCAUCGUCUGUUGCUGUCAAAACUAACAGUAGACCACAAGUAACAAAACCAACAGAAUCACUUCACAGCUUGUCAUUGACUGAAAGGAGAUGGCUGAAAGAAAGCCCUGUGAGCUAUACCAAGCUUCAUGAAACUUCUGGAAAUGUGGAGGAUCAGAGCAGAAGUGGUUUAGUGAAAAGGAAUACAGUAUUGCCUCAGAAGCCUUUAGCAGAGAAGGAAGUUGUGAGUGAUGAACCAGGAGGCAGUAGUCAGCUUUUAAGAGGAAAAGCUGCAGAGAUGUCAUUAAAAAGACCACGUCCACCAGUGUUGUCUUUGCGUGGCUCGUCAGAAUCUACUUUUUUGUUGCAAGAGUCAGGAAAAGGAAAUGGUCAAGGAGAAGAUAGGAACUUGCUAUACUACUCAAAGCUGGGACUAGUAAUCCCAUCGAGUGGCUCUGGUCCGGAAAACCAAAGUAUUGACAGAAGUGGGCCACUUGUAAAAAGUCUCCUUCGAAGAUCAUUGUCUAUGGACAGUCAGGUUCCUAUCUAUUCACCUUCUGUUGACCUGAAACCUUCACAGGUAUCGUCGUCCUCCUCACCAGGGACUAAUGAUUCCCAAGGGAAAACAUUUAAUGUUGUAUCUCAAAAGUCAUCCUUGAAAGAGUCAUCAGAAAAGGUAGUCUUGGAUGAGAAACCACAGGUAACACACCCACAUCGCCUUAGGUCCUUCAGUGCCUCUCAGUCAACUGAUAGGGAGGUUGCUUCCCCUCUCACAGAGGUGCGAAUAAAAACUGAACCUAGCAGUCCACUCUCGGAUCCUUCGGAAAUAAUAAGAGUUACAGUGGGAGAUGCUUCAACGUCUACAGAUAAAGACUUUACUUUUAAGACUGAGGAUGAUCAUAGGGAACCAAGCAGACUUCCAGCCAAAAGGAGAUUUCAAGCUGAUAGAAGACUGCCAUUUAAAAAACUGAAGGUGAAUGAGCAGGGUUCUCCUGGGUCAGACGAUAACUUUGAGGAAGGCUCAAGCCCUACACAUCUUGAUGCUGAUUUUCCUGACUCUGAUGUCAGUAAAGAUGAAUAUAGUGAGAUGGAAGAAGCAAGACCAAACAAAAAAUUUAAAUGCAAGCACUGCCUUAAGAUUUUUAGAUCAACAGCAGGUCUUCAUCGUCACGUUAACAUGUAUCAUAAUCCAGAGAAGCCCUAUGCUUGUGAUAUAUGCCACAAGAGAUUUCACACGAAUUUCAAAGUGUGGACACACUGCCAGACGCAACAUGGAAUUGUGAAGAAUCCCUCGCCAGCUUCCAGUUCACAUGCUGUUUUGGAUGAAAAAUUCCAAAGAAAACUCAUUGAUAUAGUGAGAGAGAGAGAAAUUAAAAAAGCUCUGAUAGUUAAACUAAGACGUGGCAAGCAAGGUUUUCAGGGACAGUCUGCUUCACAAGCACAACAAGUCAUCAAAAGAAAUUUGCGAUCAAGAACCAAAGGAUCCUAUAUUUGCACCUACUGUGGGAAAACUUAUCGUUUCCUCUCUCAAUUUAAACAGCACAUAAAAAUGCAUCCAGGGGAAAAACCAAUUGGAGGAAAUAAGGUUCCUAAGCAGAAAGAUCAUAUUCAUAUUGAAAGCCCGGUAGAAAACAAAGAGGUAUAUCAGUGCCGUCUCUGUAACGCUAAGCUCUCUUCGCUUAUUGAACAGGGAAAUCACGAGCGACUCUGUAGAAAUGCUACUGUCUGUCCUUACUGCAGCCUUAGAUUUUCUUCUCCAGAGCUGAAGCAUGAGCAUGAAAGCAAGUGUGAGUAUAAGAAGCUUACUUGUCUUGAGUGUAUGCGCACCUUUAAAUCAUCCUUUAGUAUUUGGCGUCAUCAAGUUGAAGUUCACAAUCAAAACACAAUGGCUCCAACAGAGAACUUUUCUUUACCUAUAGUGGAUCACAAUGGAGAAAUAACUAGUUCAUCAAGAUUGCCUCCUCAGUCAGAAACCAAUAAAAUAAACAAUUUUGUCACUGCAAAGGAAGAUGGCGUAUUCAGUGAUUCAUCAGAACAAAUUAAUUUUGAUUCUGAAGAUUCCUCCUGCCUACCUGAAGACUUAAGUGUUUCCAAGCAGUUUAAAAUUCAAAUCAAAGAAGAGCCUGCAGAUGAUAUAGAGGAUGAGGUCACUGAAGCCAGUAGAGAACCUAAAGAAGUAGUCUCAAACAAAGAUGCUGGCUUGUGGCCCUGUGAAAAGUGUGGGAAAAUUUUUACUGUACACAAACAACUGGAGCGUCACCAAGAGCUCUUAUGCUCUGUGAAGCCAUUUAUUUGUCAUGUGUGCAACAAGGCCUUCCGAACCAAUUUCCGGCUGUGGAGUCACUUCCAGUCUCACAUGUCACAGGCUGCGGAGGAGUCCACAAAUAAGGAACCUGAGAUGUGUCCACCAGCUAAUUCCCCAUCGCCACCGCCUUUGCCUCCGCCCCCACCUUUACCCAAAAUCCAGCCCUUGGAGCCUGAUAGUCCAACAGGCUUGUCUGAAAGCUCCACUACUACUGAGAAAUUAUUUGUCCCACAGGAGUCGGAUACGCUCUUUUAUCAUGCUCCACCACUCUCUGCAAUCACAUUCAAAAGACAAUACAUGUGUAAACUCUGUCACAGGACUUUCAAGACAGCAUUUAGUCUCUGGAGCCAUGAACAGACACACAAUUAGGUAGCUUUAACAGAUAGGUUAAAAAGCUGGUUCAGUGGAGGCUAUUUUCAGAAUCUCAGAUGUAUGCCAUGUAAACUAGAAUCUAAGAGGAUCAAAACAACAACAGUGAAACAUUAGGAAUUUGUGAUGCUGCUUGGAUUUGAAGAUUAAGGUAACUAACUUUGUUAGUAGAUUAAAACCCUGAGUAAUUUAAAAUACAGUGGUCUGGGAUCUAACAGUAACAGAAUAAUUUUAGUUUUGUUAACACUGAAUACGAUCACAUCCGGAUUGUAUGCAUGGAUUUUCAUCCUGUGAUGUUGGUGUGUGUGCGUGUGUGUAUUAUAUAUAAAACAAUAUAUUAAAUGAAAAGAGCAACAACAAUUUGAAUUGUAACUGUGAGUUUAUAGUAGUGAAAUACUGUAACCUACUCAAAAUUUUUUUUUUAAAAGACCACACAAGCUCCAUAUAAAUAGUUGUCAAGCACUUGAAGUUAGGGAAGAAGUGGAUGGAGUAUCUUGCUGUAUUGACUUGGUCUUGGAAAUCUUUAGCAAUAACAAAUUAACCUCAAGUUUGAGUAAUACUGAUGUUAUUGGAUAUGAAUGUCUGAUAUUUUAAGGGAACAUGGAAUUUUGUUGUUAUAUGGAACUUGUGCAAAGUAAAAUAGAAUCUAAAGUCAGCAAUAUUAUUACUAAUAUUUUAUAUAAAAAGUAGCAGCAAGCCUGCUUUCAGCCAUUUAAUUAUACAUUUCUAAGAAAAAAUAGUGGGGGGGGAGGGGUACGUUGCUUUAUAUAAUGUCCCAAAGACUAAUCUACUAUAGGUAUUUCGGUAGCUACAGUCACUGUAUAAACAGCCAUCAUAAUCCAAAUGGUACUCUUUAUAAAUAUGAACUAAGGUUGAAUGGAUGUCAGACAAAUUUCAUAAUUUUUUUUCCACUAUUUGUACAACUGUUUAUAAUUCUAGCUACAAAGGAAUGUAUAACCAUGGAAAUGAAAAAUGAGAGCUUGUUAAGGGAUAGAAGAUAUAAGUUGUGUUCCUACAUGCAGUAAUAAGCUUGGCCAUGAGUACAAAGAUAUGUUUUAACAGAAAUUUAAAAUGUAAAUAUUUAUAUAGACACCUGUAUAAAGGAAGAAGUAUGUAUUUGAAAUUUGUAUUAAGCAUACAUAUCUAGCUCAAAGCAGAGGAAAAAAACACCACACUACAAUCACUGCAUUUUAUGAAUACAAUACAUAGAGUAUUUUCUGCUGCUUUCUAUCAUUUGUGAUACUGUGUUGCAAUUUUCUAAUUUGUUGGAAACUGUGGUAAUAAUGGAGCCACACAAAAUACCUGCAGCCCAUUAUUUUACCUCAAAUCACAACUGGAACAUUUAAUGUGACUAGGAUCAUAGAUGACUACCAGAAGCUAUGGUAAGGGUCCAAAAUUAUUCCAUAAGUAAAAGAAAUAUUUCCCCAGAAGUAGGUGGUAAACUAACAGUGAAAAAUUCUGCUAGAAUUUAACCAUAAUGGAGUGGUGAGGGAUAAGAGUGAACAGCAAGAAUGCAAGUGAUGCAUACAGUAUUUAUGAUCCUGACCAACUUUGGCUGGGGAAGGGAGAUGGAGAGGAUUGCAUUCCACGCUACUUAGUCAGAACCCCAUCCCUGUUCCUGGAAAGCAACAGGAGUUGGGUCACUGAUUACAGUGGGAGCAAGCGUGAGGCUCUAAUUCUGUACGUCUCUAAUCAUGCAUUCCUUCACCAUCCAAAAUUCCCAGAGAUGUAAAAAGAAAUGCAAACUCGUACAAGGAUUUAGCAAAAUUAAGCACAAGCGUAACUCUUAAGAAUCUGAGAAAGGGCAUCCUUAGUUAGGCAUGCACAGGAGCAGCUUUUUUAAGUCAAAGCCCCACCAGUUUCUCUCUAAGCAGAUUUUUUUUAUUAUUAUUAUUUUCCCUGGAAGGUAAGUUUAAAAGAAAUGCCUAAGUACGGACCCCAGACUUUUUUCAGCUACCUGAAAAUUGCAAUGUUAGUUUCAAGUCUUUUCAGUUUCAUUGUUAAUGAAAAUCUAAAACUGUUAGCAAACACCUUCUAAUAGUAAUGUUUUGUCCUAUUCCAGGCAAAUUGUUUCUGAAUAUAAUGAUGCUAAUUGUUAGAAUAUCAGUUAAACUCUGCAAGUGAAACUGCAGUUAAAGCAAGAUUCCUGUGUACCUGUUUAAAAGUGACAUUUCUAGAUUUUGACUUUUUUAUUCCACCCAAUAAGACUAAACUUCCUACUGACAAGAAAUAAUUUCAACAUAAAAUGGUCAUUGCACGCAACCUGGUUUAACAAAGUCAAAAAGACAUAAGCCAUGCUAAAUAUCCUUUAGACAUAUUUAAGAAAAGAAAUCUAAGCGUACAAAAUGUGAAAACAUGUUUUUGUAAAAUGGUGCCUAAGUUUUCACCAGUGAUUCCUAUACACAAUAGGUAUUUAAAAGUUUAUAUCUAGCCUUCUGAAAAUCGGUAUGCCUUCUAAAAGAAAAUAGCAACUACUUCAACUAUCAUAUGGUCAUCUAACUUCUGUUUGGGAUUCUACUAUAUAAAAUAUAAUAAACACCAUACAUUUAAAAUCAAACACUUGUGCAACAUCUUUGAAGAAACUUUGACCUUUUUCUAAGUAUAAGAUGUAUUUAAAAAAAAAAAAAUCCUUAAAAUAUUUUUGGUCUAAAUAGCCUCCUACUAAGUUUUGGUUUAGAUUUGCUUUUUUAGUAUUGUUUUUAACUUUGAGCAUGGUCUGUGGUUUUGUUUUUAAUUCAGUUCCUGUUAUCCAGUAAAGGAAUUCAGGAUCUGUAAAGUUUAAAUAUGAGAUGUUUAUAUAGCAGUUCUGGUUUUCUAUUAGCUUUUAUACGGUAUCUUAAAAAGCCCUCGAUAGGAAGUGUUUAUUUUGGAGGAUAUGGAAUAAAUAUGCUUCCACUUAUAUAACUUUAAUAUAUGUUUAAAAAGUUAAAUUAUGGGAAAAAAAUCUUAGUUGCUUCUUUAUAAAUGUCUUUAAAAGAGUGUCUCGUUUGGCCAUAGGCAGAAUAAAAGGCAAAUCUAUAGAUACAAAAACCCAUCUUCAUAAUAUUUUGUUUAAUUUCGUAACGAUGUACUACAGUGACACAAAGUUAGAGAUCUUGUUAAGUAUAAAAAGUUCAUUUUGUUUCUUAAAUUUUGUGACAGGAAUGUGCAGAUGAUUUAAUAUAUAGAUUAGAUUAAUCUUUAAAUCCUUCAUUUUUGAUUAGUUUUUUUUUUAAUGUGUCAGUUAAAUCUCAGAACAAUCCUGCUUCAGUGGAAGUACAGUGAAAACUUCCGUUGCAUUUAAGAGGAGCUGGAUUGAGCCAGGAAAUGUUUUUUGGGUUUGUUUCUCUUCCCCGUUCCUCUCCCCCUUUCAGGCACUGCACUGGCAAAGCGUAUAAGCAUAUGCUUAUGUUCCAUUGAGAUCAGUCUUAAUGCUUUUCUUGUUUGUUUGUUUUAAUGUUUGCUUAAGUUCUUUGCUGAAUUGGGACCACUAUCAACCAUUGAAAGUGAGCAAUAGCAGGAAAAUACGUAUAGAUUUUUUUUUCAGUUGUAGAACCAAAAAUUAAAAUGAAUCUUCCUCUAUAUAAAAACUGCAUAUACAACUAAUGUGUAAUUCUGCAGUUUUACAAAAGCAAAGGGCAUGAACCAGUAGUAAUACUGUCUGUACUUCUAAUAUCUUUUUUUUCUGUAUUUGUAAGGGAGGAUAAAACACCCUGACAGUUCAUUGAGCAGGUAAUCUGCUGAAAUCAGUGGGUGAUACUAGAGUUUGUCUUGUGCAUUUCAGAAUGGAGAUAUAGCCUUAUCCAGUGAACCAAAACACACAGCUGUAAGAGACCUGUUCCUGCAUUUCCUAUUUAGGCAAGCCUUUCAGUGACAGCUAGUAGACAUUUUGGUUGUUUUUUGUUUGUUUGUUUUUCCCCCCCCCCCCCCCCCCCCCGUCCCAAGUAGGGCAUGCAGGUUUGCUCUGAAGCUACAUGUACUCUGUUUUUGUUCCAAGCUUCCAGUGAGAAAAGUGGAAGUUCCUCACAUGGGAUAAGGACAGACUAUGCCUAACUUCUCGGCACUGACAGUGACAGUGCAAGUAUCUGGCAUGAGCCUGUAGUCUGGCAUGUGCCUAUACUGUUCAAUAAAAUUGUUUACAUUUUCCUACCAGAGCAUUUAGAUGAAAAUCAAAGCGAGCUUAGAUUUUUUUGUUUUUUAAUGUUGCUGUUAAUGAAUCAGUGUUAAAAUCUUUUUUUUUUUUUCUGAACACAGCCUGAUAGUAUUUUUAAUGUCAUUGAUUCUUGUUUAUUUAAAAUGACUUGUGGAAAAACUACUAGAAUUGUUGUACACAAAGGGACACUAUCAAGAGAAAAGUUAUAUUCUGUAAAUGUACUUAUCUGUAUUAACGAUGCUUGAUGCUAAUAAAAAUCAAAGAACUUAAACAUGAAUUGACUCAUAACACUUGAGCUGCUUGGGCAUAAAAAUGCCUUUUAAGGGCAUCCUCAAUUGUUGCAAGGAUGUCUGAAAAAUGUAUCCAAAUUCUGUGGGAUGAGCUUAUUUGUCAUGUUGCUUUUUGCUCUAACUGUUCCAGAAUAAAUGACUUGAUCCAAUUUUAUUUUUUCAUUUUCUCAGUGGCACAUCUUACUUUUUAAAGAUACAAGCGUUGUCUCUAGCUUCCCACCUUUGUAGCAGCAUGGUUAAUAAAAAUACAUAUAAAAACAAAAAGAACACUUACCAAAUACAAAUUUUAAGGCUUAUUCUUGACAGUGCCCCUUUUUAAAAAGCAGGAAAAUGGGAUCACUUACAGUGCUCGGGUGCAGGGGAAUAUUUUCCUAAAGUUUCUAGAAGCUGGAAUUGUCCAAUAUAUUUGCUAUAGCAAUUUCCAAUUAGUUAUAGAAAAUCACUUGUCAUUUUAAAGAGUUACAGAAGUAAGACAAAAGAAGCUGGUUUUAUAAUCCUGUAUACCUUGUAGUCAUUGUCUAUCAGUUCAAUACACCAGUGUUGAAUUUUAAUUAAGAAUAGUUUUUACUUUUUUUAGGACUGAGAAUUAAUAGCUUAGGGUAACUUUUUCUUUAAUGUCAUGUAAAUCCAUUGCUGCUUUGUACAACUUUUUCUACUGUGUGUUUUCUUUACUUAGGUCUUGACUAAGAAAUGUUGGCGUCCAAUAAACUUACACUGUUUCUUUUGAA